AUGCGUAAUGCUUCCAUGAAUCAAUUUGAAGGUGUUGUGAAUAUACGAGAACCAUGUGCGGUUGGACAAUACUCUUCUGUAAAUGAAGGUUCAGUGGGUUCGCAUGAGGUUCGUACAAAUAUCCGCUUGGAUAAAUAUGAAGAUUGUAUGGAAUCAUGUGAAGAUUCACCUUCUGCUUCUGCAUUUCUAUCAUUAUCAUCUCGAAUGAGCUGUGAUGGAAAUAAUUGUGGCUCUGUUAAUAAUGUUGACGAUAGUGCUCGUGACGAUAAUUAUAACGAUUCGAGAUCAUUAUUUUGUGAUUCGAUUAAAGAAUCGGACAUUUGGUUACGUGCUUGUGAUAGACACUCGUUGUUGGUAGGUUAUGAAACCACUGCUUCUGCGACUUCAACUACUACUGGUUUAGGUCCUCCAUUGAUUACGAAUAAUAAGAUUCUGCUAUCCUGCAAAUGUAGUGAUCUUCAAAGGUCGGAAAGAGAUAGCAUAAAAAUUAGCUGUGAGGCUGAAAAUAAUUGCAGUACCAGAAGAAAACAUCGUCGGAAACCUGAUGGUUCAUUUUAA